UUGUUGCCAUCCAAGAUGGCGACGUCCGCGGCUGACCAAAACACCGCGGAGCAGCCGUCAGAAGAAGACUCAUUAAAUCCUGCUAUGGCCGCCAGCUUCUCGCUCAUUCCUCCACAGCUGCGACAACAUGUGCUGGACUUUCUGGACAAGGAGGUGGGCAGCGACGUCAAAUGUCUGAAGAAGGUUGGCAGCCUGCUGGACAAACUAGAAGAGGACAACCGCAUGUUGGAAGAGCAAGUCUUGUCAGUGUCCAGCUCUGUGCCUCCUCAAGUGUGUGCAGCUUUGUCCGUAGCGGAAGAUGCCAGAUGUUCCAUGGAGGAUCUGCUCAACAAGGAGAAUGUCAUCUCCAAAACAUUGCACCAGCAUCUGGAGGGGGAGCAGCCUUGGAUGGAGACUCUUGGCCAGACUCUUACCCAGCUGGAGACGGUGGAGAGACACAUGAAUUACCUGCGCUGCCUUCAGCACGUUGAAGAGCUCAGCGCUGUCGUCCAGCAGUGUUUGAUGACCAGCAGCGUGUGGGAGGCCAUCAGGGCCGUGGAGAGCAUGGCCAAGAUGGACGCCGGUCUGAGCCAGUCCAAGUGCUCGCACCUCCGCGACUUCCUCCGAGAAACUCUCCAAUUCUGGCACAAGAUCAUCAAAGACCGUCUGGCAGGAGAUUUGGAGAAGGUGCUGACACAGCUUCACUGGCCCAUCAUCUCACCUCCGACCCAAUCCCUGACGCCCUCCGCCAACGGCCAAGAGCUCGCCAGCCAGCUCGAGCUGCUCGUCACACAGCUGCUCGCCCUGCAGACAUCAGACGACCUGGUCUCUCAGGGGACGUCUGCUUCCCCCAAAGCCCAACCCUGCACCCAGCCGACCCCUUUAGCCCCGCCUUCUCCGCAGGCUCCUCCCCUCUGCCUGCCUAUCCAGAUCAUGCUGCAGCCGCUCAGCAAGAGGUUCAGAUACCACUUCCAUGGCAAUCGACAGACCAACACCCUCAGCAAGCCCGAGUGGUAUCUCACGCAGGUGCUGAUGUGGAUCGGGAACAGCACCGCCUUCAUGGAGGAAAAGAUCCAACCUGUCCUGGAGCGAGCCGGUGCCAGCAUCAACGCCAGGGUGGAGCUGUGCCGGGGUCUGCUGUCUUUGGUCCAGGAGAAGGUGGCGGCCGACGUGUCCCGCCUGCUCUACGACGACACGCUCUUCUGCCACCUGGUGGAGGAGGUGCUGCAGUUCGAGAAGGAGCUGCGAGGAAACCACUCCUUCCCCGCCUCGCUUCCCGGCCUGCUCCACCUCCUGCUGGAGGACGCCGUCCUUCAGAAGUGGCUGACCGUGGAGAAGAAGAUGGCGCUGGAGAAGGUGGACGCUAUGCUGUCGGCCGAGGGCGCCUGGAGCUCCCAGUACAAAGACAUCCGGGACAUGGACGAGCUGAAAUCCCCGGAUUGUGCCGAGACCUUCAUGACUCUGCUGCAGGUCAUCACGGAUCGCUACCAGCCUCUACCUUGUGCUUCUGCACAGCUCAAGUUCCUGGAACUGCAGAGAGAACUGGUGGAUGACUUCCGUAUACGCCUCACCCAGGUGAUGAAGGAGGAGUCACGCUGCCCGCUCAGUCCUCGCUAUUGCGCAAUACUGAACGCGGCCAACUACAUUUCCAGCAUCCUGACAGACUGGGGAGACAACGUGUUCUUCCUGCAACUUCAGCAGGCCGCCGUGUCCCUGGGCGAGCAGGCGGUGGUGGGAGGCCUGGGGAUGUUGGAGGUGGGUCGCCUGGCCUCUCUGGAGGGCUCGCUGUUCCAAGGUCUGCUGGCCCUGCUGGAGCGACUGAAAGGGGACAUGAUGGGCAGGCUGCUGGACGCCAUCCUGAGGGACGUCACGGACAGCGCCAACGCAUACUGCCAUGACAGGUGGUUCUCUCAUCCGUCCCAGCACGACAUGUCCGCCAUGACUCUGUCCAGCUCCGCAUGUCCCAUGAUGCUUUGCGUCAGGGACAGUCUGCUCAACCUCCACCAGGUCUUGAGCUGGUCUCUGUUCCAACUGGCUUGGCAGGGCCUCGCGGAGAGACUCGACACGUUUCUCUACCAAGAAGUGAUUCUGUCAAAUCACUUCAGCGAUGGCGGAGCGGCUCAGCUUCAGUUCGACAUGACCAGGAACCUUUUUCCUCUCUUCGGUCACUACUGCAAAAGACCUGAGAACUUUUUCAAACACGUGAAGGAGGCUUGCAUCAUCUUGUGUCUGAACGUGGGCUCCGCCAUCCUUCUGAGGGCUCUCAUCAAGGAGGCCGAGGAGGACGCCGGAGACGAAGCGUCGCCAAAGUCGGCCUUGAACGACAUGGGCGUGUACAACCUGGCUCCCUGCGACGUCUUCAUACUCCUCAACCUGCGAGCCUCCUGGCCCGGCCAGUGA